AUGUCAUACAGGCAAGACGAGUUCUGUACCAAUCCUUACACAGGAAAGACAUACCCAAAACGCAAGAACUUCGCUCCCAAGACCACAGAAGCUGACGAAACUAUGGUCCACCCAGCAGAAGAAGGAGCGGCAUCCUGCGGAAACGAUGAGAGCUUUGAUCUGGAGUCCCUCUUCAACACAGGAGCCCACAAGAACAAGAACAAGAACAAAAGGAAGCCAACCAUGACUGGCUCAGUUGCUGAAAGCAGUAGGCGAACAAGGCAGAAACAUGGCAAUGGCAAGAGUGACGCAUCAGCUGUUCCAGAGAACAUAAAUGUCAAUGUGAGUGAGGACAUCGAUGACGUGGACGAUGGAAGUAAAGGGAGCAUCACUGCUGCUUCUUCCGAAGACUUCGAAAGAAAGGUAAGGGCUGUAAUUGAUAUGAAAAUUGGCGAUGACUUCGAGAAUGUGAUUAGGAAGAAAUUCGUCAAGGCAAUUAGAGACCCCAUCACCAAGUCCUGCAAGGAGAACCUGGAGCGAUUCAAAGGCGACGUCCUUCCAAAGCUGAAUGUUGUCAAUGACUAUGCCAAGAAUGCUUAUGCAAAGUCUGUGCACCUUCAGAUGAUGUUGGACGAGGAUCGUCAGAGUAAUAGGAAGUUCCAGAAGUUCAUGGUGGAGAAGUUGGGACAGCUUUAUGCAAGGCUUGACGCCCAGGGUGAGUGGAUGCUUACACGGUUUGGUAGUGCUGUGGAUGGCAGGCCACCGGCAGCAGGACGCAACAACAGGAUGGACGUCUAG